GAUCGUCUUCGUCUUCGAGUGGCAACAAAACUUCGUCAACACAUAGUCGACCACCCGCUAUGCCUCGGAAGCCCGUGGUUUGCUGUUUUCUUGGGUUUUACGACCAAAGUAUGGAUUUCGGAGGACGCGACCCGGAUUUGAGACAGCUAAAGCAGAUGGCCCAAAUAAUGGGUGCACAGUGUAGUGACAACUGGAAAGAAAUUACGCACGUAGUAGGCGGUCGGAUGUUGUAUGAACGAUGUCGCAAUACUCGUAUGCGCAUCCCGCAGUUCCUAGCGGAGUCCUUCCGGGACGAGAAACGUUUUAUUGAAAGCAGCGAGCUCGCAUUGAGCACCAAUACGCGGAACAACGGAACUUUCCUGAAAUCGGUACUGAAACCGAGGGUCGAGGAACGGAAAAGAAAGAUGGAACUUGGGUAUGCACUGGGGGAGCGGUACAUAGAAGGUCAAAUGAAUAAUCCUAAUGGUUCCACACAACUACUCUUUGACCAAGCGGCAGCUGCUAGUAUUACGGGUUGGUUCAUGAAAUUAUCCCAUCCUUAUAACAAGUAAGUUGGAAAAAUUCAUCUUUUGGUUCUUUAGAUGUUCAAGUUAGUAGAAAGAUAUGGAGCUCAUUCCAAAAGAUGUUCUAAAAGAAGAUGGAUAAAAAUGCGGAGUAGUUGAUUCUAAUAGCUACGCUACGGAUAGCCAAAUAGCUGCAGCUGCUUCUUCUAGUUUUUUAGGCACACAAGGAAUAGGCACUCAGGGAACUCAGUUUGGGUCCACUGCGAUGACGCAGGGAGGCGGCGGACUGCACUCAGGCAAGAACUUGCCUCCUACGCAAGCUGUCCUAGGACGCGUUGCCGGAGCCGCAUUCAAUAUGGCAAACCCAUCGAUAUUGAAACAGUCUGGUGGUGCUCAUGAUGAGCAAGCACAUAAACAUCCUCCAACGGCAGAAGAGCUGAGGCCUCUGAUUGUGAACCCGAAUGGGCGUGGAGCAUCGACAGCCCAAGAAGCAAUAGCCCAAAAGGCGUUUGAGGGACUCCAAAGAGGGCUGCCGAUCGUGAGUUACGCCUGGCUCUGCGACGUGUAUCUUGCUGCUAAAUACCUCGACUUCGAAAGAUAUCGCAUGUUCCACCCAUUGCCGGAAGCACUAGUCUGCAAGAAGAAGAAGAAUCGUCAGGAACCUCAACUACGAGCAGGAGAGCAACAUCAACAACAGCAGCAGCAGCCGCAAAAUGCCAGUAGUACAACUACAACUAGUUCAACAUCUCAUCCUUCUGAUCGAGAACCUCCUCUCCGCAGUGUAGAAGCGUUAGACCAGGAGCUCGAAGCUCUUUCGUCAACUGACACUUUCAAUGAUAUGUCUUGGCUAACUGCUUAUGCAGCAGAUGCGAUGGAGUUGCGAGUUGUGACCGAGAAUAAGGUUCGGCUGUGGACGGGCAGUAAUCGUCCGCGAUCAGAAUCGCCUGAGCGACAGGUGCCGAAUCUGUCCAUGUUGAAGUCACAGAUUAAGGCCAUGAACCUUUUAGUUUUGAACUGCCCUAAUUAAUAUUGUGAAAACAAGUGUGAACGAGAGUACUGAUGUUGUACAACUGCCGAAAAGGAACAGGAAAUAUUACUUUGCUCUCUUUUUACCUCUUUGUCUCUCUUCCUCAUCUCUUCACUUUUCCGCCCUCUCUCUUCUUUUUUCUCUCCCUCCCUUCGUCCCUCCCUCCGUCCCUCCCUUGCGCAUUCUAAUGGCAGCAAGAUUUUUCGUGGGCGUGCCUUCAAAGUGUCACCUUGUGCAGUGCUCGAAUUCGAACAGAAGAAGAACAUUGACUUAAUCUCCUUCCUCAUGCACGAGUUGGAAGCGUCGAUUGUGGACGAUUCAGAGACAACCGCCAGGACGAUGAGAACGGUUACAUACAUCGGAGUAGCAGACGAUGAUCCGGAAUUCUUGAGGGACUUGUUUAAGACAGGUGAAUGACUAAGAUUAUAAGUUCGUCUUUGUGCUUUAUUCCCUAGUAGAUGAAGUAAUGGUGAAAAUCCGCUGAGCAGUAAGAAACAUAUUUACCAUCAUCUUUCAAUACUUACCAUCGUCAACGAGAUGACAACGACCUCCACGGCAUCUAAUCCCUGGCCAGAAUUGCGUGCAAACUCUCGCGUAAGAAUCAUCGACGUCUCAUGGCUUUUGUCGUGUGAACAGCAAAAGCGUAUUUUACCGGUGGACUCGUUUGUUCUUUGGGAUUCACAUGCGAAUUCAGGCACCAGUGGACUGUCGAAGGAUCUUUUGGAAGCGAAAGAAUUAUGGCUCAUGUUAAUUCAUCAUCUUCUUCACAGAGUAUUAAAUUUGUCUCCGUUCUUGUAAUUUGAAUGACUAUAAUUUGAAUAUAUCUGAGAAGAUGAGCUGAAGAGCUGAAUUGUUGGAAGCACUAAAAGAAGCCGAAAACCUAAGUCGAAAAGACAUCGCAAAGGCAAAAUCCGGAAUUGGAAAGGACCUUGGUUUAGCCAUGCAGCAGGCAAAAGAAGAUGAAAUCGAAGUAGUCUACGAAAAUCUUAUGGCUUCGACGUUGAAUUCUUCUUGUUGCGCAAGAAAGAUGAAUGAACUUGAAGUGGGAUAUUGAUGUUUAUCAUCCCAUAGAUGUUGGUAGACGUAGAUUCUUAAGCCUCCUAGUUCCAUCCGAUAUGAAAAUAGAAGCAAAGGGUAUAGCACUCACUUCCUCUGUCGCAAAGGUACUUGAAAAUAGUUUUCUCACUCUAACAAUCGGCUCGAGAAGGAAUUGAUGGCGCCUAACGGAGCUAGCGAGGAUUUAGCUGCAGAAAAAAGAGCAGAAAGAAAAAGGCGCCAGAAGGACUUCUCAGAUGGCUUAGAGCUGAAGAGGGCCAGACUCGAGGAACAUAGAGGAACAUAGAGGUGCUUGAGGAUUAUACUGUUGAAUAUGUGCUGUGCUGGGGACGCUGAAAAAUAUCAAUUUCAAAAGCACAGAGACGAAUUCGCUGAAAAGGAUAGCUUUUCUUCUGUGGCAAGAGAAUGGUUUCUCUUCCGUGGAUUCACGCUACUAAAACUCAUAUUUCUACGCAACUGUAAUUUUUGUUAGGCACACUCAGUUUACGCGAGGACACGGGAUUUUUGCGAAGAACGGAGGAUGAGAGUUAGAGAGUUUUCGAAAAAGUUGUAGAAGUCAAAAUUACC